AUUGGCGCGAAUUAUAACGUCACUUCUCAACUUUGUGAUUGUGUCGAUCGACGAAAUAAGUUAAUUUCGCUGUUUUGUUCCAUUAAAAAUGCCCUUUAAGCGAUCACUUUUGAGAUAUGCCCAUUCUGCGGGUCAUACACAUUGUUGCUAUACAGCGGAUGGCGAUCGUAUCAUAACUUCUGGUACCGAUGGAGAUAUUCGCAUUUGGCAAGGAAUCGAUGAUGACGAUCCAAACUCUGAAUGUAUCGGAGAAUAUGUCAUCUGUACUGCUCAUUAUCCCGAUCGGAUUCUUGCUUCCACAGAUUUGAAUACUGUUCAGGCAUACACAUACCCAGAACGAAACCGUGACGGAACAGAGUUUUCAUUUACGGCUCCAGUGACCACAAUUAAAGUAGAUUCUAAAUUCAUAGCUGCUGGCUCUGAGGACACAAUUAUAAAAGUCGUUCCAAUUGACAAAAGUGACGAAUUUUUUGAAUUGACUGGUCACGAUGGACCAAUUUUAAAAAUUGACACAAGUCCUAAAGGGCUGCUGGCAUCUUCAUCCGGUGAUGGAACAAUAAAAAUCUGGGAUCUAAAGGAACGCAAAGAAAUAAAAACCAUAAAAGGUUUCCAGGAAGCUACUAGUUUCUACAAUGCCAAAAGUUUCGUCACUCCAUCAUUUGAACCGACAAAGGGGUCACAACUGGCCUUCGUGCAAGGAAAACAAGUUCAGGUUGUUGAAACAGUUAACUGGUCUAAGACUGUUACUCUGAAGGACGACAAGAUAACAAGCGACUACACCGUUUGCUCGUUUUCUCCAUGCGGUAGAUACAUAGCCGCUGGUACAUUAACGGCAGAAAUAUCGGUAUGGGAAGUGAGAUCGGGAGACGUUAUCAAAGGUGAAACGAAAGCAACGGAUGCUCAGAAAAUCACGGCUAUUCAAUGGAAUCCAGCGAACAACGGCGAAUUUGCAUAUACCGAUUGUACUGGCCAAUUGGGGACAAUCAUCGACUGCUAUAACGCGGAUGAAGACAUUCUUGAAAAUGGAAUCGAUGAGACUGAUUCAGUGAAAGAUGAUGUGGACUUUGGCGACAUUGAAUUCGAUAAGGACGAUGAAGACAAUGAAAACUGUGUGUCCUUGGAACGAAUAAAAAAUGAGACCUUGGGUCUGACGAAAAAUAAAGAUGACGAUGACGACUUGCUAGAACUGAAAACCAACCGAUCGGAUAGUGUUGCCGAUGUUAAAGUUACAAAUACAGUAAGCGCUAUACAGCCACCAUUCCAAUCCAGUUCAACGCCAUCCCAUUUGGAACAUCGGUACAUGUGUUGGAAUAAUGUCGGAGUCGUCAAAGCCCAUAAUACAGACGAUGAGAAUUCUAUUGGGGUCGAAUUUCAUGAUGCUAGCGUUCAUCAUGACAUUCAUAUUGGAAACUAUUUGAAUCACACAAUGGCUGCAUUAAGUGCAACUGUGCUUGCAUUAGGGUGUGAGACUCCGAGUAAAUUAGUUUGCAUUGCUCUUAGUGCGGGCAGCCGGGAAUGGUCAAUCAGUUUACCGGAUUGCGAAGAAAUAAUCGCAGUGGGUGCUUCCGAGAAAUUAGUGGCUGUUGCAACCGACGUCAAUAAUUUGAGAAUAUUUAGUGUGAUGGGCACACAACGAGAAUUAAUUUCGCUACCUGGACCACCUGUUGCUGUUGCUGGCUAUGGCGACACAAUUAUAGUGGCCUAUCAUGCUGGUACUCCCCUGAACAAUAGCCAAAAUAUAACCGUAAUGUUAGUGCAAGCUAUUGGUUUGAGUGUACGUUGUCGAGAAUUCAGACUGGCCUUAACUCCGGGCACAAAGCUGACUUGGUUCGGAUUUUCCGACAGAGGAUCGCCAGUGUGUAAUGAUACGAUGGGAACGGUUCGCCUGUUCAAUUUAAAGGGAAACUAUUGGACAACCAUCUGUGAUAUGAACAAGCAUAUAAAAAAUGCCUCAGACACAUUCUUCAUUGUCGAUGUAUCGGAGCAUAGCCAAAUUGUGCGGGCAAUUUUAUGUCGUGGUGGAGCGUACCCGAUGACAACUCCGAAGCCAUUAGUGUCUGAACUACCAAUGCAAAUACCAAUGUGCGACAUGGAAUCUGAAAAAUCGGAACUGGAAGAAUCGUUGAUACGACAUGCCAAUCUACAAGUGGACGGUGCUGAAAAAAGCUUGAAGGAAAUUGCUAUAAAGCUGUUUGCGAUUGCUUGCCGUUCAGAAAAUGAGGUACGCGCAAAGGAGUUGGUGGAAAUGAUUGCGUCGCCAAAUUUACUUCCUAUUGCUAUCAAAUAUGCCAACAAAUUGGGAAGAAUUCACUUAUCGGCGAAACUAAGUGAACUGAUGCCACAAUUUGAGGAGCAGGUUAGUGGAAACGCUGCCGAACGUGUGUACCAAAAAAUUUAUUUUAUUUCAUUAAUCCAGGAAAAGCUGAAAGAGAAACAUUCCAACGACAUUGAAAUGGAAGCCGUUAAUCUUCUCCAAAACAGUCCGAUGAACGCGUCUCUGAUGUUGGCUCAAAGGGAGAAAACUCCUUCGAUGUCUAUUGCACCGAAACCGAUAUUAUCAAGUCAAGGCAAACGUAAUCCGUUCAAGCGAGGUGCCGGCGGUGCUUCAAAGUUGACUAAAAAUCCGCUAAGUCAUUUAACUGAAAAAGCAAUCGGUUUCAGUGACUCACAGAGUCAAGACAGUCAGUCUUUGAACGGAUUCAACCCGUUGACGAAUGAGUCGAAUGCCGAGGAUACGUUGAAUAACGGUGGCUCAAAUUAUCCAGACGAUAACAUUGAAAAUCAGGCUCAAAAUGCGGUAUCCACUACACCUCGCAUUAAGUUUAUGGACUGGUUUAAAGAACACAGAGACGAAAUUGAAUCAGAAAAUCCGGAUGUAAUCGCGGCCGAGUUGACCAAAAUUGGAAUGCGGCAAUUUAAAGCCCUUCAGAGUGACCUGAAAACUAGUAAGCGAAAAGCUGAAGAUGACGGUAGUGCGGCUUUAAAGCUGUUCAAAUAUGAUUAAAAAUUGACGCAAAUGAUUGUAUGAAAAUUCUUUUCGAUAAAUAAAACUAUUGUCAGGCAAUGCCUAA